AUUUGGAAGGAAUAGUGUCUCAAGUGAUCAAAGGCCGGUCGGCAACGCAAAAAAUGGCUGGAUUAAUUCCUCUUAUGCUUGGGUCGAGCAAGCGGACAAGUCUUGCGCCAACACAACAGCAACAGCAACAACCACAACAACAUCGCCGACAUACUUCGGAACGAACAUUCAGGACUAACACAGACCCUACAUUUGCUUUCGCAAAGCAAAGCGUACCCAAGCGACAGUCACUCCCUGUACCCGCCCGCCCCUCUGCCUCUUCUUCUACACCCGCUCCUGCAUCUCCAGCUCUUCCAGUCACUCCUGCACUACCACAAAACCGCAGCGAAUGGAAGCGAGCAGUCGUUGAGAUCAAGAAACUACACAUCGGCAAGAGGUACAGGGCAUGUUCGGCGCGCUGUAUUGAACUCCUAGACAAAAUCAAGGACAAGGAAGAUGUGCGCGUCGAGCCGCUUUACUUGAUCUACCUCCACUUCUACGCGGCUACCUGUAUGGAAAUUUGCGCCCGACCUCUACCCACGGCCUCCAUGUUCCGCACUACCCUCCUCCAGCAGGCUCGCACACAUUUCGAACAAGCUGCUUCACUCAUUGGUGCUGCUGAGAACUCCGUUCUCAAGCAAGCAUGGCGCAGUUCCGGCACCUUCUCAUCUUCUGGAUCUAGCUGCCACUCUCCCACCAGCUCCAUCAGCUCAUCCAUCGAUUCGCGGUCAUGGACCCCAGAAACCCGCAUGUCAUCACCAACGAGUUCCGUUUUCUCUCAGGAAGAUCUGGCAAACAACACAACAGAGUCGGCCAACCCCAUGAAGCGUGUCAAGAAGGUAUCAUUCUCCGUUCCCCAUGAGGAAUUUGCCUUUGGUUUCUCUGAGCCAAUGGUCCGCCCCGAUUCACCGACUUUGGGUAUGGAUAUUGGCUUUUUCCCGGCUACAGUUCCCAAAGUACCAGCGUCGCAGUACCAGGAGGUCGAGCUUCCCCUCCCGAUCAACAUGGACAGCCAACAGUUCGAGAACUGCGAGGAAGAUGAUGACACUCUCAACAUCACAAAAUCCAUCGAUCGUUUCCGCGAUCAGCUGCAUGAGCUCCGCGAACAGCUUGAGAGGCAUUCGGCCAAUCUAGACUACCAGCUCGAAGCCAUGGCGACAGAGCCCCCCAAAUCGCCCACAGGGGUGAAUGGUGUAGGAAAAGAGGAGCUUCGCGCUCUCGACAGGCAGGCUCGCAUUGAGCGGCUGCGCAGGGAUGGUUGGCAACGCAAGCGAUUCGAUACCCAACGGUACGAGGAGCUCUGCGAAACUGUCUUGGCGGAGCUAACCCCCGCCUAAAAUGAAAUUUGAUGAUCGCCGUCCGGCAUUUCAUUCAAAGUCCAUUUCAUCGUCUCACACAUCAUCAAAAUGGCCAGGGCACGAAAAGACUUCAUGCAUGAC